CUGAAGGAUUGUGGACCGGCCCUCUGCUUAAAAAGUUUGGGGACCCCUGCUCUACUGUAUACAUAAACACUAAAAUCAGUUAUCUUCAUAUUAUGGCCAUGUUUGGCCAUGUUCCAGAAGCAUUCUCUUCUGAUGUUUCACCCACAUCUAAAGCAGGCAUCCUCAGAGGUUGAGGGGUCUGUUUUAAUUCUAUUUUAAAUCCGGACAGUGCAGUGUGAAUGGUCCCCAGGAAUAGGGUUGCCAGGGUUUCCAGCAUUUCUGCUCCUGUGCAUACACAAAAUAACAGCAGGGAAGUUUCCUGGUGUGGAAGGUUAUGGGGUGCAAGAAAUUCCUUUUAUAAAAAUGUCCCCAGGCCACUGAUGAUGGCAGGAUUUGUCCCAAGGAGAGCUAAAGUGGUCCAGCUCUUGCCCAGGCCAAUCCCUGUGCUCUGUCUCUUUAAGAAGGCAGCGCAGAGAGAGAGAGAACCGCAAAGUACGCAGCUGCUGCUGCCUGGGCAGCCCUGUGCCCAUCCCCUCCCAUCAGCCCAGCCUCCUUUCCCACAAGGUUGCAGGGGAGCAUCACCGGCUGAGCAAUAUGGAAGAAGACACUGGAGCAGGUCGCUGAAAAGAGACGCUGGCUGCUUCCGCAGUGGGGCUGCUGCACCCUCGGCCAUUGGCCCAGAGCAUCACCAAAGAGAGGAGAAAGCGGGCUUCUUCUUGGCAUCAUCCCUGCUGCCUGAGCUGUUCCAGUUGGGGUCGCCGUUGGCUCCACCACCAAGCCCUGCGGCUCCAUUGCUAUGUCCCUGCCCGGAAGCAGAAGACCCUCCACGGGAUCCCGAAGCCACGAGUUUUACGAAAGGAGUGGCUUUGCCUCGUUCUUUAAGUCUGCCACGGCCCCUGCCACUCCCACCGAGAAACAGCCUCUUCUUCCUGCCUCCAGGCGUCCCUCCCCACCUGUCAGCAUGCGGGACACCUACGGCACCUCCUCGCUCAGCAGCAGCAGCAACUCCGGCUCCUGCAAGGGCAGCGACAGCAGCCCCACCCCAAGGCGGCCCGUCAAGUACCUUUUGUGCAGCGACAACCAUGGCAUCAAGCCCCCGACCCCCGAGCAAUACCUCACCCCACUCCAGCAGAAGGAGGUCUGCAUCCGGCACCUGCGGGCCAGGCUGAAGGACACCCACGAGCGGCUGCAGGACAGGGAUUCUGAGAUCGACGACCUGAAGACCCAGCUCUCCCGGAUGCAGGAGGACUGGAUCGAGGAGGAAUGCCAUCGGGUGGAGGCCCAGCUGGCUCUGAAAGAAGCCCGGAAAGAGAUCAAGCAGCUCAAGCAAGUCAUCGACACGGUCAAGAACAACCUGAUUGAGAAGGACAAGGGCCUCCAGAAGUACUUUGUGGACAUCAACAUCCAAAACAAGAAGCUGGAGACUUUGCUGCAGACCAUGGAGGUGGCCCAAGAUGGGGCAGGGAAAGAGGAAGGGGCGGCCGAGUCGGCAGGCGGAUCCCCGGCCCGAUCCCUGACCCGCAGCUCGACUUACACCAAGCUCAGUGACCAAGGAGCUGCCGACCGGAACAUCGGUGGUUCCCAGACCAUCUCGGUGGAUGAUGCAGCGGACAGCGGUUUCGCCGCAGCAGACGACUCCUUGAGCCGGACGGAUUUCUUGGAUCAGAGCAGCCUCAUCUCCUCCGGUGUGGACUGUGGCACUGAUGAAAUCUCCCUCCAGACCAACUCCACUUUGGGCUCCCGGGUCCCAACCAGCUCCACGUACGAGAAACUGAUGGGGUCCCAGCAGAGCGUGGAGGCCGCCGUUCAAGUCAGCUGCAUGCAGGAGCAAGCCAUCCAGACGGACUUUGUACCUUACCAGCCGGAUCUUGACACCAUUGUGGAAAAGGUCAAGAAAUCCCAAGCCUGCGGUGUGGCCAAUCCAAUCAUGGCACGGGACUCCGAAAUAGAGGAUGCUCCGGAGGUAAAGAGCUCCAAGGUUGGUUCCCAGUCACUCCCAGAGAUGAGAGACUUUGCAACUGACAACCCCAGCUCAGAUGUUAUCAUCAACGCUGAGGAAGAAGGAGAUAAUCCUGAUAGGGAAUCAGUCUCCAAAGAGUGCGGCAAUUCUGCGGUGCACGAACUGGAGAGCCAUUCGGUGAGCAUCGUCUGUGCUCCAGAAGAGGAGGCUUCGGAGGCCGCCCCAGAGGCAUCCGCAGCAGCAUCCACAAUGGAGCCCAGAACAUAUUGGAGCCGCCAUUUCAUCGUGGAUCUUUUAGCCGUGGUGGUCCCGGCGGUGCCGACGGUGGCCUGGCUGUGCCGUUCCCAAAGAAGGCAAGGUCAACCUAUCUACAACAUCAGCUCCCUGCUCAGGGGCUGCUGCACCGUGGCUUUGCACUCCAUCCGCAAGAUCAGCUGCCGCUCCGUGGCCGCCCCCAGCGGCUCUUGUCCUCAGCCGUGAUCCCCGUCACCGUCCAGCCCAUCAGUUGCUUCACACGCACAGGCUCUUUCUCCAGAGAAGCCGAUCUAUGCGGGGAGGGAAACAGUUCAGAUUGAGCUGACCGCUGAUUGUAAAUUCCAUCCAUGCACUUGAAACGUUUUUUUUAAAUAUAUUUAUUUGGGGGCAACUUGAGGAGAGUUCUGACCUGCUGCAACUUACUUCUUUUAUGCAAAAGACUUAGGAGAAGACAUGGCUGCUGUUUCUAGAUUUGUUUUCUAGACGUCCGUAAUGGGAGAGGGCGGUUUUCUCCAUUGUGCUGAAGGAUGCUUACCUUCUAGUUGGUACAGCUCCAGGGAACUGACUUUUCACUUGAAGAGAGUUGCCAUCAUUUUUUUUCCUGAAAUGCUGGAUGAGCCAAACUUUUUCUCCUUUUCACUCUUGAUGUUUUGAAGCACGUUUUCUGCAUCCUUAGCUUAACUCUUUCCCCUCCCCAGUUUUUCUCAGCUGAACCAGAGAUGGUGUCCAUAUUGCACAGUAGUACCACUUCAAUACCACUUUAACUGCCAUGGUUCCAUAUCAGAGAGCUCUGACCAUCAGCUAUUUAAAAUUCUCUGCAGAGAGAAGGAUAAGUUGCUCAAUAGACUAGGUAAAGGUAAAGGUUUUCCCUUGACAUUAAGUCCAGUCGUAUCUGACUCUGGGGGUUGGUGCUCAUCUCUAUUUCUAAGCCGAAGAGCCGGCAUUGUCCGUAGACGCCUCCAAGAUCAUGUGACUGGCAUGACUGCAUGGAACGCUGUUACCUUCCCACCAGAGCGGUACCUAUUGAUCUACUCAUAUUUACAUGUUUUCAAACUGCUAGGUAAGCAGAAGCUGGGGCUAACAGCGGGAGCUCACCCCGCUCCCCAGAUUUGAACCGCCAACCUUUUGGUCAGCAAGUUCAGCAGCUCAGCGGUUUAACCCACUGCGCCACCGGGGCUCUGCCCUUACCUACUUAGACUACCUACCUAGACUUCCUAGACUACAAAUCCCAAUAUGCUAUAGGAGGGAGUCAUGGAAGUUAAAGUGGGAUAAUGCUACUGGGAAGUGUGGACACAUCCUGAGCUUGCCUCAUCUUCACUCCCUGCUUUUGCUCUGUUUCCUUCAUACUUCCUUUAUGGUACUGGACUACAACUCCCAUCAGCCCCAGAGCAGGCUCAGAUGAUGAUGAUGAUGAUGAUGAUGAUGAUGAUGAUGAUGAUGAUAAUGGGAGUUACAGUUCAGAGCCCAAAAUUGCUUCCUCUCCUACUUUCCAAUGUCAGCUUUACAGGAAUAGCUGGAUCUCUCAUGCAAAGCUGGCUUCGGAACAGGAGAGUGCAUUUUGACCUGUAGGGUCUAUCCAUCUGUCAAAACUUAGAAAGUUUUUUAAUCCUUAGUUAUAGUUCCAAAAAACCUUCAAAAGCAUUCAUUGUUCUAAUCAAAAGUUUUUCAAAGAAAAGCUUUUGUUUCAAUUGCCUGAGAUAGUUAUUUGCUAGUUACUUUUUUAUAAAAAGAGCAACGGAAUAGUAUAAGUUAAUGGUUUAGCUAUUAAUGCUAAGCACCCCAACACAUCAUUUCAGCACCCAGAAACGACCACGAGGCACAGCAUACGCCUGCACUUGAACCGUGUGAUCUUCCUCCUCCACAUUCACUCUCUUUAAGUAUAUCAGUGUUGCAUUACAAAAAGGAAAUAAUUCCAUGUUGCAAUCACAAUGCAACUGAGGAAUGCUUUAGUCGUUGCAAAAAGGAAUUAGUCAUAAAUAUCUAGUUGGGUGUAGCUUCUUUCUUCUAUUGAUUAUCAAAUAAUAGCAGGACCUAUUUGUUGGUUUAUGGCAGUGAUGGGCAAACUUGGGCCCUCCAGGUGUUUUGGACUCCAACUCCCACAAUUCCUAACAGCCUACCGGCUGUUAGGAAUUGUGGGAGUUGGAGUCCAAAAUACCUGGAGGGCCCAAGUUUGCCCAUGCCUGAUCUAUCUCCAUGAAUGUGCCAGAUUUUCUUAGAAACAGUCCUGAACUUUGCAUCUUCCUAGGGCUAAAUGUUUAGCUAUCUUUUUCCUCAUAAAACCCUAACUCUUUAGGUCCCCAAAUCCCUAUCUAUCGAUCAUCUAUCUAUCUAUCUAUCUAUCUAUCUAUCUAUCUAUCUAUCUAUCUAUCUAUCUUUCUGAUGGACCAGAUCUUCUUAAGGCACUCCAUGCAAUCUUUGAAACAGUCUCCCCCAACUUCCAUAUCUCAAUGUUCAGGUGAAAACCUAACUUUUUAGGGCCUUGAACCCCCCAAGUGAUUGAGGUUCUCCAAUGACAAAAUGUAAGCAGAAAGGCGCCGAGGAUAUGCAACUUUUAAAACUUUGAUUAUGGACUUGCUUUGACUUAUUCUGAACUAAGCUCCAAAAAAAGGAGUUGGAGAAUAAGAGAGAUAAUCCGGCACUUCUGCCUCCUGUUUAAGAGUGUUGUGGAAUGUAGUGGCUCACGAAUGCAAAACUUUUUUUUGAAAAAAUCACUUUUGACGACCACGGAAAUGUCACUUGCCCUUCUCCUCCAGAAACCACAUCCAUAGGACUUUUUAGGACUCUGUGCUCUGCCAACCGGAGGGAAAAGAACUGUGCUUCUUCUGCUCCGUUUCUUGGACGCUGCUCCAGCGAAAAGACUGGGAGAAGCUAGAUAUAUAUACCUCGGAUAGCGAAACCUGCCGUGUUCCCGUCUUGGGGGCUGCGGCGAAGAAGUCCUUAAGUUUGUUCCUGUCUCGCUUUGCACUAUGUUCACUUUUUUUUGGCAAACUUGAACCCUUUCGGACGAAUGUCCCGGCUGCACCCAUCUGGGUGGGUUGUGUGUUCCAAUGGGCAGCCUUCUUCGGUGCUGCUGGUCAGAUUGAUUCCUUUUUAGGACCGAAGAAGCGAAGCAACAUUAAGGUACUUGGAUGAUGCCUCUCUCUAGCCCCCCAGCUGCUUUUUUCACUAGUCCUGCAAACUUUGGAGAAAAAGCCAAAAGGCCAGUUGGUUGGAGACGUGCUUUGAUCUCACUUGAGCUUAAACAUAUGAAGGUUUGGGUCAUGGGUUACGGUGAGAAUAAGAAUUCUGAAUAUCCUGUGAAAUUUUCCUUUAGUCCCCAAAGGUUAACAUUGCAGUAACUUAAAAGAUGUGAGUUCUUCUUAUCUGGAAUUCAAAAUUAGAAAUAAACAUCCAGUUACAGUAGAGUCUCACUUAUCCAACAGAAUGUUGGAUAAGCGAAUAUGUUGGAUAAUGCAGAGGCAUUAAGGAAAAGCCUAUUAAAUAUCAAAUUAGGUUAUGAUUUUACAAAUGAAGCACCAAAACAUCAUGUUAGACAACAAAUUUGGCAGAAAAAGUAGUUCAAUACGCAGUAAUGCUAUGUAGUAAUUACUGUAUUUAUGAAUUUAGCACCAAAAUAUCACGAUAUAUUGAAAACAUUGACUACAAAAAUGCGUUGGAUAAUCCAGAACGUUGGAUAAGCGAGUGUUGGAUAAGUGAGACUCUACUGUACUUCUGAAUUUGUUAUCAAAGGCUUUUAUGCCCAGAAUCACUGGGUUGCUGCAAGUUUUCUGGGCUGUCUGGCCAUGUUCCAGAACCAUUCUCUCCUGACCUUUUGCCCACAACUAUGGCAAGCAUCCUCAGAGGUUGUGAGAUCUGUUGAAAAUGAGGCAAGUGAGGUAUAUUUAUCCGUGGAAUGAUGUCCAGGUUGCGAGAAAGAAUUCUAGUCUGCUUGAGGCAAUGGUGAAUGUUGCAAUUAAUCACCUUGAUUAGCAGCGAAUAGCCUUGCAGCUUCAAAGCCUGGCUUCUUCCUGCCUGGAGGAAUCCUUUGUUGGGAGAUGUUAGUAGGCCCUGAUUGUUUUAUGUCUGGAAUUCCUCUGUUUUCUGAAUGUUGUUCUUUAAUUACUGUCCUGAUUUUAGAGUUUUUUAAUUCUGGUAGCCAGAUUUUGUUCAUUUUCAUGAUUUCCUGGCUAACAGUAUUAAAAAAAACCUCUAAAAUCAGGACAGAAAAUAAAGAACAACACUCAGAAAACAGAGGAAUUCUGGACAUGAAACAAUGGUGACAGUUCCUGACAUGGUGGUUGUUAGAGCGGUCCAGCAUUUCUGUGUUCUUAAAUAAUAUUCUAUGUCCAGGUUGGUUCAUCAGGUGCUCUGCUAUGGCUGAUUUCUCUGGUUGAGUGAGUCUGCAGUGCCUUUCAUGUUUCUGGAUUUAUGUUUCUGCGCUGCAUUUGGUGGUCUCUAUGUAGUCUUGUCCACAGCUCCAUGGUAUACGCUAGACUCCUUCUCAGCCAUAGCAGAGCACUUGAUGAACCAGAGUGGACGCAGCAUAUUAUUUGAGAACACAGAAAGGCUGGACCACUCUCACAACCACCGUGUGAGGCUACACAGAGAAGCCACUGAAAUCCACAAGAAGCAUGUGGACAAUUUCAACAGAAAGGAGGAAACCAUGAAAAUGAACAAAAUCUGGCUACCAGUAUUUUAAAAACUCUAAAAUCAGGACAUUCAAAGGACAGGGGAAUUGCAGUCAUGAAUCAAUCAGGGCCAGCUAACACCUCCCAACAAAGGACUCCCCCAAGCAGAAAGCAGCCAGUACUUGCAUCUGCAAGGCCAUGCAAUGCUAAUCAAGAUGACCAAUUGCUAUAAUAACACUCACCUCAAACAGACAAGCGAUUUUUCUCCCACCCUGGACUUUUUACAGAUAUAUAAACCCCACUUACUUAAUUUCCAACAGACCUCACAACCUCUGAGGAUGCCUGCCAUAGAUGUGGGCGACACAUGAGAAGAGAAUGCUUCUUGAACAUGGCCAUACAUCCUAGAAAACUCACAGCAACCCUCUUCUGAAUUGUUCCCACUUUGGGACUUGUUUGAAAAACCAGACAGGAAAAGGCCCUGAGAUUUGCCACUUCUCCCCUUUACUAAUUUCAGCUUGCUUUUGCAGAUAACUGUAUGUUCACACAAAGGGUGUGUCUUUUGUGAUGCCGGAAGGGACAAUUCCACACAAAUGUACAAUUUUUGCUAUGGGUUUUUAUAGUCUGUCCUUGUGAAGGGCCACCACUGAAGCAGAGCUUGCGGUGGAAUCCGAGGUCUCGGUCUGUAUAUUGC